AUUGUCAAAAAACUGUCAAAUAAAUAACCCACGUUGGUUUGUUAUUUUUGUUCUGAGAAAGUAUUUAUUAACUGAAUAUUACUGUUUAAAAGUUAUUACUACAAACUUCAAAAAUGGCUAAAAAAGGCAAAAUAAAGAUUAGUAAGGUGAAAAGGAACAAUCAAACUACGAAUAAAAUGCGGAAGAAGGGUCAGCUGAAGCUGCAGAGACACAGAACGCACGUACAGAAGCAGAAGCAACCAGCUCAGCAGCCGACGGUAGAAUACAGCAGCGAAAGUGAAGCGGAAUCGGAAGAUCAGUUCGGAGAUAUGUUAGACGACGAGGAGCAGCAGUAUCUCAUGAGCAGACUGUCAAAACAGCCUACUUUACUAGCAAACAUACCUGAAAAUGAAAAGCCAGGCAAAAGAUCAAGAAAGCGCAAGAGAGAAAAGAAGGAGAAAUUCCCAAAGCCAACUGUAGGUGGAAGUGACAGUGGCGCUGAGAGUGCUGAACUGUCUGACUCUGACAGCGAUGUGGAGGGCAGGUAUGAAAAGGAGCAAGCUGAGAGGCCAGCUAAGAAGAUGAGGCUGCUGUUACCUAUUAAGACUAAAGAGGGGUUAAUGGAGCGAGCUGAGGAGUAUGAAGAUUCAGAAUCAGAACAAGAACAGGAAGAAGAUAAAUCUGCUAAAAGUAAACAAACACAGAAGCAAUCAGAGGAUGAGGGCUCAGAAUCUGACUCCGGCAUGGAGGGCACAGACGAUGUGGAGAUGCCUGCUGAUGAGGAGAAGGUGGUAACAGCUGUAGAGCUAUUGGCAGCUCGGAGAAACAAGCUGCAGCAUGAUAAAUUGAGGAUUGGAGCUCUGUGCUCUUCACUGCUAGAAAAUCCUGAGAAGAAGCUCAAAAAUUUGUAUCCAAUCCUCUACCUAAUGGAAGAUCGCCUGAAGGAUGGGUCAUUGAACCUGGUUUCUGUGCGCAAACUCGCUACCGUAUCUGCAUUCGAAGUGUUUAAGGAUAUUCUACCUGAGUACAUGAUAAGGCAUCAGGAUUACUCUAAUAUCAAAUUAAAGAAAGACACACUGGCGCUGUAUAAAUACGAGAAGGAGCUCCUAGAGUUCUACAAACGAUACCUGCAAAGGUUGGAGAAAGCUGCGGGGGUGCUGCGUCGAAAGAAGGGAGAUACAAGAAAAGUGGACGAGCACACAAUGAACCUAGCCCUGGUCUCCUUGCGCUGUAUGUGUGGCCUGUUGGUGGCGCGGCCUCACUUCAACUACGCGACCAACAUUGCGCAGAGCGUCAUUCCCCACCUCGACUGCAAGGAUGACAGGGCAAGGAGCACUGUCACCGAAUGCUGUACCAACGUUUUUGCUGAGGAUAACAAAGGAGACAUUACUCUUAUUAUAGUACGUCUAAUAAACCAGUUAGUUAAACGUCGCAAUGAACGCUUGGAUCCCUCGGCCCUGGACUGUCUGCUCACCCUCAAAAUACGAGACAUCGAUAUGGACGCGGAAGCAGAGAUCAAGAAUAAGAAGAAACAAGAAGAGAAACACAAGAAGCGAAUUGUUAACUUGUCUAAGAAGGAAAAAAAGCGAGCGAAGAAGUUGAAAGAAGUGGAGCGCGAGUUACUAGAGACGCAGGCGCAGGAGAGUGAGAUGGCGCGCCGGAAACAGAUGACUGAGGUCACUAAAACUGUCUUCCAUAUCUACUUCCGGUUGCUGAAGACCGCGCCGCGGUCUAAACUGUUAGCUGCUGCGCUUAAUGGACUCGCCAAGUUCACCCACGUAAUAAACUUGGAAUACUACUCGGACCUGGUGGCGAUCCUGGCGCGCCUGAUAUCGGACGAGCUGAUCGGUGCGCGCGAGCGACUUCUGUGCGUGCGCACCGUGCUCGCCGUGCUCGCCGGCGCCGGGGACGCGCUCAACGUCGACCCCGCCAAGUUCCACGCCUACCUAUACGUCUGCAUGCUCAAUUCUCAUGCUGGAAGAUCACAACCAGACUCCAAGAUUAUCCUAGAGUCAGUAUCUCAAAUCUGCGCGCGCGCACGUCGCGUGUCCGCCGCAGUGUUGCAAGCCUUCGCCAAGCGAGUGGCGACACUGGCAACACAGUUACAGCAUCACGGGGCACUCGCCUGUAUCGCACUGUUACAUCAUCUGGCUCAGCAAAGUAAAGCAGUAUCAACCCUCUUGGAAGCGGACAGCGAGGCGGGUGGGUCGGGUCGGUUCGACCCCACGCUGCCUUCCCCGGAGCACUGCAACGCGCACGCGGCCGGCCUGCACGAACUGUGCGUGCUAGCGCGCCACUACCAUCCUACUGUUAGGAGCGCGGCGACACUGCUCUUGAAGGGAUCCUUGCCACCUGAACUUAAUAAAAUGACACCCUCACAAAUAUUCAAAGCAUAUGAUGGCUCAGAGAUGGCGUUCAAGCCAGCAAUACCUCCUCCUAAGAAAGUUGAAAAUCAGAACAAGAAGGUAUCAAACACACAUGCGUGGGCGCAGCAAUCAUUCAAACAAUUAUGUGAAACAGUAGAAAAUAAUGUUCCAAUGGUCAUCUCUAAUGAAAGGUGAAAUAAAAAACUUG